CGGCGCUCGCUUGGGAGGCACCGCGGGAGCCGCUGCCAGGAGGAUGUGGAGGCGGCGGCGGAGGCGGUUGCUGCUCCUGCCGCUGCCGCCGGACUCGGCGUCUUGGGGCAGCAGGCGCUGCGCGCUCGACCCCUGCUCCGCGCUCCUGGCGCUGCUGCUGCUGCUGGCGCCGCUGCCCGCGAUGCUGCGCGCCUUCAACCUGGACCGCCAGAAGGUCACCGUCUACAGCGGCCCCGACGGCAGCUACUUCGGCUACGCGCUGGAUUUCUACAGCCCGGCGCCGCACACAGUCAGUGUCCUGGUUGGAGCUCCAAAAGCCAACACUAGCCAGCCAGACAUCGUGGAAGGAGGUGCUGUCUACUACUGCCCUUGGCCAGCCCCGGAAUGCAAGCCGAUCCCUUUUGAUAACACAAACAACAGGAAAAUCAAAAGCAAUGGUACACGGGAACCCAUUGAAUUUAAAUCCAAUCAAUGGUUUGGAGCAACAGUGAGAGCUCAUAAACGAAAAGUUGUGGCUUGUGCUCCCUUGUAUCACUGGAGGACCCUGAAGCCUACACCUGAAAAGGAUCCGGUUGGCACCUGCUAUAUAGCAAUUCAGAAUUUCAGUGCCUAUGCCGAGUAUUCACCUUGUCGCAAUAACAAUCCAGAUCCUGAGGGACAAGGUUUCUGUCAAGCAGGAUUCAGCUUAGAUUUUUACAAGAAUGGAGACCUCAUAGUGGGAGGACCUGGUAGCUUUUAUUGGCAAGGUCAAAUUAUCACCAGCAGCAUAGCAGAUAUUAUCACAGACUAUUCGUUCAAAAAUAUUUUACGAAAACUGUCUCGAGAAAAACAAACGGGAGUUGCACCAUCAGUGUAUGAUGACAAUUAUCUGGGAUACUCAGUGACUGCUGGUGAAUUUACUGGAGAUUUUCAGCAAGAGAUCGUUGCUGGAAUCCCGAGAGGUGCACAGAACUUUGGCUAUGUUUCAAUUAUUAAUUCCACAGAUUUGACUUUCAUUCAGAAUUUCACUGGAGAACAGAUGGCAUCAUACUUUGGAUACACUGUUGCUGUAUCAGAUGUUAACAAUGAUGGAUUGGAUGAUAUCCUAGUCGGGGCCCCUCUCUUUAUGGAACGUGAAUUUGAGAGCAACCCUAAGGAAGUUGGGCAGGUUUAUUUAUAUCUGCAAGAGAGUGCCUUGUUCUUCAGAGAAGCACAGACGCUGUCCGGCACUGACGUGUUUGGUAGAUUUGGAAAUUCCAUUGCGCAUCUUGGAGAUCUGAAUCAGGAUGGAUACAAUGACAUUGCCAUAGGUGCACCAUUUGCAGGAAAAGACAGCAGGGGGAAAGUGCUCAUUUAUAAUGGAGUCAGGAAUGGGUUAAAUCUGAACCCUUCCCAGAUUCUUAGUGGUAUGUGGGCCUCCCAAUCCAUGCCUGCGGGAUUUGGUUUUACACUGAGAGGAGACUCUGACAUAGACAAGAAUGAUUACCCAGAUUUAAUUGUUGGUGCAUUUGGAGCUGGAAAAGUAGUUGUUUACAGAGCAAGACCAGUUGUGACAGUGGAUGCUCGGCUUUUGCUGUCCCCAGUGACUGUAAAUCCAGAAAACAAAACUUGUCAGCUUCCCAGCUCUAUGACUUUAGUAGCUUGUUUUACUGUAACAGUCUGUAUGGCUUUUGAAGGUCAAGGCAUUUCGGAUAAAAUAGAUUUGAAAGCUGAACUACAAUUAGAUUCAUUAAAACCAAAAGGAGCUGUAAAACGGACACUCUUCUUCGACUACCAUCAGUCACAGCUUAUCUUUCCAUUUACGAUAGCCCAGCAGAAACAGCUCACUUGCAAGGACUUUGUAGUUUAUCUCAGAGAUGAAACAGAGUAUCGAGAUAAAUUGUCUCCAAUUGGCAUUAGCUUGAACUACAGCUUGGAUGAAUCCCCUUUUUCCAAUGGUUUCAUUGUAAACCCAGUAUUGAACUAUUACCAGGAAAGCAUCGUUGGAGAGAAAGCUUACAUUCUUGUGGAUUGUGGAGAGGACAACUUAUGCAUUCCUGACUUGAAACUUUCCGCUACGCCAGAUAGAGAUCGGAUCAUAAUUGGGGAAGAAAACUGUGUUAUGCUUUGGAUAAAUUCAAGAAAUGAUGGUGAAGGAGCUUAUGAAGCUGAGCUGCACAUAAAGAUACCUCCAGAGGCAGAUUACACUGGCGUUGAACGUAACAACAAGGCCUUACGUGUGCUGAGCUGCGAUUACAAGAUGGAAAAUGAAACUAGAAUGGUGAUUUGUGACCUUGGGAACCCCAUGGCAGCUGGAACAAAUUUUUCUGCAGGUAUCAAAUUUACCGUUCAGCAUUUUGAAAAUGCUGAAUUAAGCAUCAACUUUGAACUACAAAUUCAAAGUACCAACAAAGUUAAUUCCAACAGUAACUUUGUUAACGUUCAGAUGGACAUAAGUGCAGUGGCUCGAGUACAGAUCAGAGGAGUUUCUCAUCCACCACAAAUUGUUUUACCAAUUCAUAACUGGGAACCAAAGGAAGAACCUACCAAAGAAGAUGACAUUGGACCUUUGGUGGAGCAUAUAUAUGAAUUGCACAACGCUGGACCAAGCGCCAUCAGUGAUACUCUCUUGUAUGUGGAAUGGCCAGUCCUGAGCAGAAAGGAAUUCCUUCUUUACAUCCUGCAUAUUCAGACACACGGUCCAUUGCAAUGUCAGACAAGCUCUUCUAUCAACAGUUUAGAAAUUAAGUUUGCCGUCCCUCAGGACACGCCGGAACUCGCUGCUUUUCUACACAACUCCUCUAUUCCUCACUAUGUUGGGCGGAGGGAAGUGAAAGCAGUAGAGCAUCAAACAAACUCUGCAAAAAUUCUGAACUGUACAAAUGUGGAGUGUCUAAUAAUCACCUGUUCAAUAGGACUGUUAGAAAGAGGGAAAAGUGCUGCACUUAAAAUACGGUCUCGGUUAUGGGCCUCAACAUUUCUUAAGAGGAAAAAUCACCACUACUCUCUUUCUGUCAAUGUGUCCUUUGAAGUAAAGAAAAUGCCAUACCGAGUUCAGCCAACAGGACUCCUUGAAGAAAAUAUAGCGAUAAACACAUCGGUUAUUUGGGCCACUCCAAAUAUUUCCUUUGUAAUCCCUCUGUGGGUUGUAAUAUUAGCCGUACUCCUUGGACUGCUGGUUCUGGCUAUGUUGACUUUAGCUUUGUGGAAGUGUGGCUUCUUUGACAGAGCUCGGCCCCCUAGAGACGACAUGGCCGACAGGGUUCAGCUGACAAGUGACAAGACUACUGAUGCAUAAAAGAGGAGAUUUAAUUGAGGCAGAGAGUCCUCCUGAUCAAGACCAGAAUCACACUAGAGAUUUCAUCUACCAGCAGGCUUCCUUUGAACUCAAGACUGCCCAAGAUGUUGCAAUCCGAACCUUGCAAUGUUCUGCACAAUCACUGCAUAAUGACCAUAGAAGGCAGAAAAGAACAUUUAUGGCUGCCUCAAAAACAUACCCAGAUGAUGAGCAGGAAGUUUUUUU